AACUUCGUCAGAUUAUCACGUUGCAAGCCUGAACCAGUACAAUCACAACCCCACCGACCACCGUUCGACCACCCGUGCGUCCCGUCAAAACGAAAAACCAACGCGAAACCCGCACCCAAAACACGAAAACCAACCACCCUACUCAAGAAAUAACCGUGAAACGUGAACGCGAGCGACCGCAAUGGCGGACGCGCACCAUAGCUGAACGUUUCGUUUGUGGCGCAGCAAAAACGCAAAAGGGACGAUCCGGUGAUUCGAUUGCGGUGUGCAUUAAUAUCGGUUGAAAAAUGAACGGGGAAAACGACGAGGAAACGUGGCUGACGAACUGGGAGAAGCAGUGUACGAACGCGAUCCAGGAACAGCCCGAUUACGAGCAGCAACUGAUGGCGGAGUGCGACAGUUCCCAUACGAGGAUAUGGAAUUCGUUUCAGGACUCCGCCACCGCCGUCGCGCAAUUGUAUAGAGAUCGUUUUAGUGAACCUGCGGCAAUUUGGGUCCAGUUUCAAACAGCUGCAGGAACAGUCACAACUUUGUACAAAGAAUCUUGCGAGGGUAUAAAAAAGACGUCGGAACUGGCGAAACAAUCUGGUUAUCAGAAGAGGAAUAAUGAACUGAUGAAUUGGGCAAAGAGGAAAUGCAGGUUAAUUCCGAGGGAGGAUCUGUUGGCUUAUCUUUCAGGGAAACCUCCACCCCCAACAAGACAAAAUCACCAUCACCACCACCACCACCACAGUCACCACAGGUUGUCGCCGGGCCCUCGAAAUAUGUCGCCACCACCCGGCAAUGUACCCGUUCUGCCUACCGACAGCCCGGAUCCGAAUAUGCUGACCUUCCGUGAGGCGUUGGCGCGCAGCCCAAUAUCCCGGGUGUCGCGCAGCGGCGACUUGUGCGCCUUCAUCAACGGCGAGAUGGCGCGCCACUGCAAACGACCGGCCAGCCCUUCAGACGUGACGAUGGGCAGUCCGACGCAACAAAAACGUCCGAGGUACAUGUGAAACGCGGCCCCAAAGCGUUUCCUUGGACGGGUCGCUUCGCCCUCGUCAGCCGUUGAUGAUGUGUGGGCGAUGGGCGUUUCGUGUCGGUUCGGGUUGGCUCGUGCCAUGAUCGGUUAGUGAUUGGACUGCGUCUGCGCCUCUGUACAUAUUUCAUGCCGAUUCGAUCUGUUUUUAAUUAUGUUAUUUUGCCGUAACUGAAUCUUAUGUAGGGAUGUAAGUUAAGUUUUUUUGUAAUUAGGCACCAACUGUAUAUACUUGAUUAUGUAUGUAUAUUUAUUAUUAUCCAAGUUGCAAAAUGGAGACUGUCAUUAAAUAAUCAGGUUACCCAACAUUGUACUUCGACUUCCAAUUUUACUCUAAAUCAAAGAUUAAAUAUAUACUCAUUAUAUAUAUAUAUUUAAUGUUUGGCUUUAUCCUGAUUUCUUUUGUUGAUUGAUAUUGUGUAUGUAUGUUCAUUGACUUUUAAUUAUUUUAUUGUUCUUUAAUUUGUAUAACUGUUAUUAUAUCAAUGCAACAACUGUUUCAUUAUUACAUUGGUUAUCUAAUAAAUGUAUAAAUAUGUAAAUAAACUGCUCCAUAGAGA